AACUGUCAAAAAUUAAAAAUAAAUAAUAACCUAAAUUUAUGAUAAAUAUUGUUCCGCGUAAUUGAGUUCGUAAUUAAAUAAAUUUUACGUACUGUAUAACACUGAUAAAUUAAUAACUCUACGAAGUGGAAUCAGUAUCCUAUUUGAGUGUAUAGUCCAAAACAGACAAAAAAUGUUGCUUCCAAAGAACAUUCACCGGAAUUUUAUUCUGCCUAUAAAAAUGAGCAAAAGUUCCAGAUUGAUAGUUUGUAGCCGUAAUUUAAAUACAGAAUCGAAUGAGCAACAUAAUAUCAAAGACAAAUACGAUGUAAUCGUUGCCGGCGGUGGUAUGGUUGGAUGCACUAUGGCUUGCGCUUUAGGAAAGAACUCAAUACUUUCUAAUUUAAAAGUGCUUUUACUGGAGGGCAGUCCCAGUCCGAGGUUUAAUCUAAAGCCUGAAUAUAGCAAUCGGGUAGUGGCGUUGAGUCAGAACACAAAGACUUUGAUGACCUCUCUUAAGGCCUGGAGACAUGUUGAGGAUAUGCGUCUGCAACCUGUACGCCACAUGCAAGUGUGGGAUGCCUGUUCUGAUGCCCUCAUUACAUUCAGCAGUUCUGAGAUCUUAGAUGACGAUGUGGCAUACAUAGUAGAAAAUGAUGUGUUACAACAUGCUGUGAACACUGAAUUGGCUUCUCCAGAAGUAAAGAAUGUGGACAUAGUAUAUGGGGCCAAAAUCUCCGGGUAUGAGUUAGCGAAGAACAAUAAAAUGGAUAGCUUGGUGACUAUGGAGAAUGGAGAUUGUUAUUCCUGCAAAUUAUUGAUUGGCGCGGACGGGGCCAAGUCUGCCGUGCGAGAGGCUAUGGGGGUGCAAUACUUAUCGUGGAGCUACGACCAGAUGGGCGUCGUUGCCACAUUGGAGUUAGCUGAGGAAACUGAAAACACAACAGCAUGGCAGCGGUUCCUCCCCACUGGUCCCGUAGCGUUAUUGCCCCUCAACUCCAGACAGAGCUCGCUAGUGUGGUCCACCAACGUGGAACACGCCAAGCAGUUGCUGCAGCUGCCCGAGGAACAGUUCGUCGAUGCGCUGAACGAUGCCUUGUGGAAGCAAUACCCCCGCAGCGGCACCGUAGACACCAUGACAUCCUGGCUGAGCUCGUGCCUGAAGAACCUAGGUCUCCCGGACGGCACAGCCCGGCAGUUGCCCCCUUCAGUCCGGGAGAUCGCGCCGAAAUCACGAGCAGCCUUUCCUCUAGGGUUUGGACAUAGCACUCGGUACAUCGCUCCGGGCGUCGCGCUAAUAGGAGACGCGGCGCACCGCGUGCACCCGCUGGCGGGGCAGGGCGUCAACCUCGGCUUCGGCGACGUGCGCGAUCUCGCGGCGCAUCUCUCCGACGCCAUCUACACUGGACUUGAUUUAUGUGACAACUCCUGGCUAGAGAAGUACGAGACGUCCCGUCAGCGUCACAACGUGCCGACACAGCUGGCAGUGGACGCGCUGCACCGCCUGUACAGCGCGGAGCUGCCGCCGCUGGUCCUAGCGCGGAGUCUCGGCCUGCAGCUCACUAACGCGCUGCGCCCCGUCAAGGUACGCUCUACCACAACGUGCCAACACAGCUGGCAGUGGACGCGCUGCACCGCCUGUACGCUCUACCACAACGUGCCGACACAGCUGGCAGUGGACGCGCUGCACCGCCUGUACAGCGCGGAGCUGCCGCCGCUGGUCCUAGCGCGGAGUCUCGGCCUGCAGCUCACUAACGCGCUGCGCCCCCUGGCAGUGGACGCGCUGCACCGCCUGUACAGCGCGGAGCUGCCGCCGCUGCUCCUAGCGCGGAGUCUCGGCCUGCAGCUCACUAACGCGCUGCGCCCCGUCAAGGUACGCUCUACCACAACGUGCCGACACAGCUGGCAGUGGACGCGCUGCACCGCCUGUACAGCGCGGAGCUGCCGCCGCUGCUCCUAG